AUGGUUGUGCCUCUUUUCGGUCGGAUAUCGGUUCUUACAGACAGGUUCUCCAAGCAAUCAAGAGAUACGUUCGCAACAUCACCCCGAACAGUUAUAUGUGACUUUGAGCAAGCCCUAAUCAAUGCAGUUGAAACCGAGUUACCCAACGUGACUGUUCGAGGCUGCUACUUCCACUUCACCCAGAAUCUCUGGAAGAGAGUUCAAGCACUUGGACUUACUGGACACUAUCGCCUUAACCGUCACCUGAGGAGAUGCAUUCGGAAAGUGAUGUCUCUUGGUUACCUACCAAUGCCAAUUCUCCAAAUGAACUUCAACUUGCUGCGAAAUGCCAGGCGAACGAGAAAUCUCAUCAACCGGUACCCUGCCCUGAUGGACUUCUUCGCCUACGUGUCGAAUACCUACGUAAAUGGCACAUUCACACCCAUCCUGUGGAACGUGUACGAGAGGGACAUGGAUAUGAGGACGAACAACAAUGUUGAAAGUUACCACAGAGUGCUGAAUGACACAGUUGUUGUGAAGCAUCCGUCCCUGUGGACCUUCAUCAGGCAUCUCAAAGACAUACAGGCCAACGUUGAAAAUUCCGUUCAUUCCGCCGACCUCGGAGAUGCGCCUCCUGCACGAAAACGGAAGUGGAGACAGCUCGAGGCAAGACUUCAGCGCCUGAAAGCACAGUGCGUGGCUGGAGACAGAAACCUGGAAGCUUACUGGCGUGCAGUUUCACACUGCAUUGGAUACGAUUAA